AUGGUGUCCAAAUCUCAGCACAAUGGCGUUUCGUUCUUGGCUUACCGCAAUGGACAGACUGUACUCCCACUGGUGCACUAUACGCGGCUGUUUGUAAUGCUCAGACCCUGGGGAAAUGCUGCACCUACAGUCCUAACAAGUAUCUCGGUGGACUGUGUCGCCAAAGUCAUUAGCCCAGCAGCUUUUCAUCAUCCCAAUCGUCUUCACCUCUCGCAAUCUGCGUAUCGUGUGGACGAUGGAACCGUGCCUGUUGCUUACUUUCGCACACUCAUAGCAGCAAGGCGGACUUUCCAAACUCGUGAGCAGUACGAGAGAACGAAUGGUUGUCUCGAGCAGCUGCCAGGUGAACAGCCUGAGGCAAAACUCACCUAA